AUGGGAGCUUCCUGGAGGUCACAUGUGCACCGGCGUGGGCUUCUAGAAUUGGCAGGGACCAUGAACUGUGUUGGCACCCGCAACCCCCUGUCCUACAUAAGCUACGGCUGCUACUGUGGCCUGGGUGGCCAUGGCCAGCCCCGGGAUGCCAUCGACUGGUGCUGUCAUCGGCACGACUGCUGCUACACGCGUGCCGAGCAGGCCGGAUGCAGCCCUAAGGUGGAGCGGUACUCGUGGCAGUGCGUCAAUCAGAGCAUCGUGUGUGGACCCGCGGAGAACGAAUGCCAAGAAAUCUUGUGCAGGUGCGACCAGGAGAUCGCUAACUGCUUAGCCCAGACUGAGUACAACCUAAAGUACUUACUGUACCCGCGUUUCUUGUGUGAGACAGACUCGCCCAGGUGUGACGGACCAGCCUGA